CCAAAAAUAUGUUAACCCAAAUCACCAGCAAUGGCGGAUGUACUGACUAUUUUGAGACAGUAUAAUGUCAACAAAAAAGACAUCACGGAGAAAGAUGACCAAGUUAUAUUUGGUGAAUUUGCGUGGCAAAAAAACGUAAAGACCAAUUAUGUCGUGUGGGGGACUGGCAAGGAUGGUAUACCAAAAGAAUAUUACACACUAGAUUCAAUCCUGUUCCUCUUGAAAAAUGUUCACCUUCAGCAUUUUAUGUAUGUCAAGGAGGCUGUGGCAAACAAUUUACAUGUUGUUCGUCGUCCAGAUAGAAAAGAUCUGUUGGCCUACUUGAAUGGAGAAAUAGCUACUUCAGCUAAUAUUGAUAAGAGUGCUCCAUUAGAGAUCUCACAAAGACCCAUACAAGUUAAAAGAUCAGCAGAAGAACAAGGAGGAGAAAGUGAUAAAAAGAAAAGUCGUUUGGAGGAAGAACAAGUGCAACAGGCUAAAAGAAACUGGAUAACCAGGAUUGAUAGAUCUCGUGCUAUGUCAGGAAUUUCAGGACAUGGUUCCUCAUCUUUACAUGAAGCUUUACCAUUAGAAAAGAUUGCAGCUCUGAAGGCUAAAGUUUUAGCCAUUAAAAGAACUAAGAUUAAAGGUGAUGAUGAUGUACAACCAGGUGCUCUAGAACAGAGAAGUUUUGUAGAUGCAGAAGUUGAUGUUACUAGAGAUAUUGUCAGUAGAGAAAGAUUAUGGAGAACAAGAACUACUAUUUUACAGAGUGCUGGCAAGCAAUUUGCCAAGAAUGUGUUCAGUAUUUUGCAAUCAAUAAAAGCUAGAGAAGAAGGUAGCCAUCGUCAUAGCCAUAGUCAUCAUAGUUCAUCUGUCCAAUCAACUACACCAGCCAUGACACAACCUAAACCUCAACCAUCGGCUGGUUAUAACAGAUAUGAUCAGGAAAGAUUCAGAAAAGAUGAAACGGAGGGUUUUAAAAUUGAUACUAUGGGAACUUACCAUGGUCUUACACUCAAAUCAGUAACAGAAGGUGCUUCAGCUCCUAAACUCCCUCAAGUUUCUCAAAAUAAUCCUCAGUCAUUUUCACAACAAUCUCGUCCUAUAUCACAAGCUCGACCACCACCCAAUCAGAAAAAAGGGUCAAAAACACCUAUUAUUAUCAUACCAGCAGCAGGCACAUCUCUUAUUACCAUGUAUAAUGCCAAAGAUAUUUUACAGGAUUUUAAAUUUGUAAGUACUGAAGAAAAGAAGUCCCAGGGUACCAAGAGAGAUAAUGAAGUAUUAAUACAGAGAAGGAAACCAGGGGGAUUAACUGUACCCUACAGAAUUAUAGAUAAUCCUUUAAAACUCACACCUGAUGAUUGGGAUCGUGUGGUAGCUGUAUUUGCACAGGGACCUGCAUGGCAGUUUAAGGGAUGGCCAUGGAAUGGUAAUCCUGUAGAUAUAUUUUCAAAAAUAAAAGCUUUUCAUUUGAAGUGGUCAGAAACACCAUUAGAAGCAAAUGUUAAGAAGUGGGCUGUACAUGUCAUUGGUUUAGAUAGAAAUAAACGACAUCUUGACAGAGCUUCAGUCAAUGGUUUCUGGGAAAUAUUAGACAGAUAUAUGUUAACAGCUAAACCUCAUCUCAGGUUUUAGAUGUAGUUCCUUGUAAAUGU